AGCGAUUCUCCUGCCUUCCGAGUAGCUGGGAUUACAGGCGCGCGCCACUACGCCUGGCUAAUUUCUGUAUUUUUAAUAGAGACAGGUUUCACCAUGUUGGCCAGGCUGGCCUCGAACUCCUGACCUCAGGUGAUCCGUCCGCCUCAGCCUCGCAAAGUGCUGGGAUUACAGGCGUGAGCCCACCGCGCUUGGCUGGGUCCUUGUCUUGAAAUGUGUCUCUGAGCCAUUAGCCAGGAGCGGCAAAGAGGCCUGGAGGACAGCCUUCCCCCACACCCCCUCCGUUACUCUCAAUCUGAGCUCCAGGUUUGGGCAGUUGAGGAUUAGCCUGAGGCCAAGGACGAACGUGAUAGGGUACGGGAGAAGGAACUCGGCGGUGGAGGGGGUUUUGUGCUCACAUUUACAGAGUCAGGUACAUUCCCAGUCCAGAAAGGAUUCUCGGAUGCAGUCUCAAAAAGGAAUGCGGUGGAAGGGCUGAGACUUGAGGGAGGGAAGGGUGGUGGGGGUAGGGCCAGGGUGUGGGUGGGUGGAUGGAUCGGGUUAUAUUUAUAUAGGGAUAGGCUGAUCUUGGAAGGCUGGAGACGGCGACAUGGACGGGAAGAAGCAGAGGGCGAGGAGGAGCAAAGGAGCACACAGAUGAAGCCGGUGUUCACGCGUCCGGCCGUCCAUCCGUCCGUCCCCCCCUGGUGCCGGCGCUGACCAUGCCCAGCGGCUGCCGCUGCCUGCAUCUUGUGUGCCUGUUGUGCAUUCUGGGGACUCCCGGUCAGCCUGUCCGAGCCGAUGACUGCAGCUCCCACUGUGACCUGGCCCACGGCUGCUGUGCACCUGACGGCUCCUGCAGGUGUGACCCGGGCUGGGAGGGGCUGCACUGUGAGCGCUGUGUGAGGAUGCCUGGCUGCCAGCAUGGUACCUGCCACCAGCCAUGGCAGUGCAUCUGCCAUAGUGGCUGGGCAGGCAAGUUCUGUGACAAAGAUGAACAUAUCUGUACCACGCAGUCCCCCUGCCAGAAUGGAGGCCAGUGCAUGUAUGACGGGGGCGGUGAGUACCAUUGUGUGUGCCUACCAGGCUUCCAUGGGCGUGACUGCGAGCGCAAGGCUGGACCCUGUGAACAGGCAGGCUCCCCAUGCCGCAAUGGCGGGCAGUGCCAGGAUGACCAGGGCUUUGCCCUCAACUUCACAUGCCGCUGCUUGGUGGGCUUUGUGGGUGCCCGCUGUGAGGUGAACGUGGAUGACUGCCUGAUGCGGCCUUGUGCUAAUGGUGCCACCUGCCUUGAUGGCAUAAACCGCUUCUCCUGCCUCUGUCCUGAGGGCUUUGCUGGACGCUUCUGCACCAUCAACCUGGAUGACUGUGCCAGCCGCCCAUGCCAGAGAGGGGCCCGCUGUCGGGACCGUGUCCAUGACUUCGACUGUCUCUGCCCCAGUGGCUAUGGUGGCAAGACUUGUGAGCUUGUCUUACCUGUCCCACACCCCCCAACCACAGUGGACACCCCUCUAGGGCCCACCUCAGCUGUGGUGGUACCUGCCACGGGGCCAGCCCCCCACAGCGCAGGGGCUGGUCUGCUGCGGAUCUCAGUGAAGGAGGUGGUGCGGAGGCAAGAGGCUGGGCUAGGUGAGCCUAGCUUGGUAGCCCUGGUGGUGUUUGGGGCCCUCACUGCUGCCCUGGUUCUGGCUACUGUGUUGCUGACCCUGAGGGCCUGGCGCCGGGGUGUCUGCCCCCCUGGACCCUGUUGUUACCCUGCCCCACACUAUGCUCCAGCGUGCCAGGACCAGGAGUGUCAGGUUAGCAUGCUGCCGGCAGGGCUCCCCCUGCCACCUGACUUGCCCCCUGAGCCUGGAAAGACCACAGCACUGUGAUGGAGGUGGGGGCUUUCUGGCCCCCUUCCUCACCUCUUCCACCCGUCAGACUGGAGUGGUCCUUUCUCACCACCCUUCAGCUUGGGUAUACACACAGAGGAGACCUCAGCCUCACACCAGAAAUAUUAUUUUUUUAAUACACAGAAUGUAAGAUGGGAUUUUAUCAAAUAAAACUAUGAAAAUGCAA